UCCAUCUUCCUCUUUUCCCCCUCUGUCCUUUUGUUAGCUUCUAUUAUCUCUCUCUUCGUCAGUCUACACAAACACUGAGAAACCCGAAGACUGGAGUCGAAGCUUUAGAUCUGAAACUAACAAAACCCAAAAACCCUAGCUCCAAGGACGAUCUGGGUGUACAUCUUUUGUUUGUUCGUAAAGAUCUGUAUUUUGCUGGUAAAUAAGAUAUAUACAUCUGAUUCUCAGUUCCUGGGCUGUAGAUUUACAGUCAAUGGCGGUCUCGGAUGGUCAUAAUCCUCUUCUUGGAGAAACAACUUGUGGUACUUUACUGCAAAAACUGCAGGAAAUCUGGGAUGAGGUUGGUGAGUCUGAUGAGGAUCGGGACAAGAUGCUUCUUCAAAUAGAACAAGAGUGCUUGGAUGUGUACAAGAAGAAAGUCGAGCAAGCUGCAAAGUCAAGGGCACAGCUUCUUGAGGCCUUGUCAGAUGCCAAAAUUGAAUUGGCCAGUCUUCUUUCAGCACUUGGAGAAAAAAGUUUUGUAGGAAUGCCUGAGAAAACUUCUGGAACAAUCAAAGAACAACUUGCAGCCAUAGCACCAGCACUUGAACAGCUGUGGAAACAGAAAGAGGAGAGAGUAAAGGAGUUCUCUGAUGUGCAGUCUCAAAUUCAAAAAAUAUGUGGAGAAAUUGCUGGGAACUUGAAUGUUAAUGAGACUCCUGCAGUUGAUGAGACUGAUCUAUCCUUGAAGAAGUUAGAUGAAUAUCAUGCACGACUUCAAGAACUUCAAAAGGAAAAGAGUGAUAGGCUGCAGAAGGUCCUUGAAUUCGUGAGCAGUGUGCAUGAUCUCUGUGCUGUCCUUGGACUCGACUUCUUCAGUACUGUAACUGAAGUUCAUCCAAGCUUAAAUGACUCUACUGGUAUGCAGUCCAAAAGCAUUAGUAAUGAUACUCUAGCUAGUCUGGCUAAUACAGUGUUAACUCUAAACGAAGAUAAAAAGCAGAGGCUUCAUAAGCUUCAAGAGUUAGCAAAUCAGUUGAUUGACCUAUGGAAUCUGAUGGAUACCUCUGAAGAAGAAAGGGAAUUGUUUAAUCAUGUUACCUGUAACAUUUCAGCUUCAGUUGAUGAAGUGACUGUGCCAGGGGCUCUUGCUAUGGAUCUAAUUGAGCAGGCUGAAGUUGAAGUGGAAAGGCUUGAUCAGCUAAAAGCCAGCAGAAUGAAAGAAAUUGCCUUCAAAAAGCAAGCAGAACUUGAAGAUAUCUAUACACGGGCACAUAUAGAAGUAGAUCCAGAGGCUGCACGAGAAAAAAUUAUGGCACUGAUUGAUUCUGGAAAUGUUGAGCCUGCUGAGUUGCUGGCCGACAUGGACAAUCAGAUAUCAAAAGCCAAAGAAGAAGCUCUUAGUAGAAAAGAAAUUUUGGACAAGGUCGAGAAAUGGAUGUCGGCAUGUGAGGAGGAGAGUUGGCUUGAGGACUACAACCGGGAUGAAAACAGGUAUAAUGCGAGCAGAGGUGCACACUUAAAUCUCAAGCGUGCAGAGAAAGCCCGGAUUUUGGUAAACAAAAUUCCAGCACUUGUGGAAAGCUUGGUUGCUAAGACUCAGACUUGGGAGGAAGAUCGUGGCAUUCAAUUUGCUUAUGAUGGUGUUCCUCUCCUGGCCAUGUUAGAUGAAUAUGCGAUGCUCAGGCAGGAAAGGGAAGAAGAGAAGCGAAGACUAAGAGUUGAAGAAUCUGAUACAUCUCCCUUACAACCAUUGAACAUGACAGGAUCAGAAGAAGUUCCACGAGCAACAAAGCACAGAACAAGAAGCUAUCUUUGGUUCAAGACCCAGCCCUGCACGACCAGUUGGUACUAAAAAGGUGGUCGGUCCUCGUACAAAUGGAGGUGCCAAUGGUACUCCAAGCAGACGGCUUUCCCUGAAUGCUCAUCAAAAUGGCAGCAGGUCCAGCACUAAAGAGGGGAGGAGAGAUAGUACUAGCAGACCAGCUGCCCCUGUUAACUAUGUUGCCAUAUCGAAAGAGGAUGCGGCUUCUCACAUUUCUGGUACUGACCCAGUUCCAGUUUCACCAUAAUAAAACAUGACAGAGCUGUAGGUGUACACCCGUUUGAUAUUACUAUUGUUACUAUUAGGAGCUUGUUGUAGUGAUAUAGUUGUGAAGGACCAAGGAUUGGAGGGUAACCUGUUUUUAGCUAUUGUACCUUGUAUUGGCAUUUUGUUGUUGUUAUAAUCCAUGGUGCUUUUACCUCUUCGAGUCAAACAUUAUUCGUGCCUCUUGGAUAUAUAUAUAUAUAUGUCUGAAAAGAAUUACAAUCUCUUCA